AUUUCAACCAUAAUAUUAAAUUAUGGUAUGUAUUAUUAAAAAGUAUAGUUUAAUGUAUAUAUUAAAUAUAUAUCAUUUAUUCGUAGAUUUUAAAUAUGGAUACUGGAUCAAAGAAGGAGAUUAAAGAAAUGAUUACCAAAGAUAUAUCGAAUAUACAUAAUUAUUCCUUGGGUGUUAAAAAAUAUAUUAACAACCAGCUUGAAGACACUCUGGAUUAUUUACAUGGUUUAAUUGCUGAAAUACCACAAUCAGUCCCUGGCCCUUCAACUACAAAGAGGCCGAAAGUUUUGAAGAAAAAAGGUUAUCGCCGUAAAGAGACUAUCCCAGAAAAUGAUAUUAUCAAUACUGAUAAUACAGUAACAGAUUCAGCAGUACAUGAUAAAACAGAAAAUAAAGAUGUAAAAACUGGGGAUGUGCUGGAAACAACAAUUGACCGAACAAAAAGAAAGGCUGCAAUAAAAGCUGCAAUUAAUAUUAAAAAGCAGCAGUCAAUGUCACUUGUUACAAAAUUACGAAGGCUAACUCUUGAUGAUGACAGUAAUAGGAAACGUGGAGGCCGACCUAAAAAAAAGGAAAGUGCUAGAAGUAGUUCAGAUGAAAAAAACACAAAUGGUCCUACAAAACAUAGUAAAACAAAAAAGAAUGUUUUAAGCGAAACAAUUUCAAAAGAAGAUGCAAUACAGCCAGAAAGGAUUGAACCAUUAAAGUCUUCAAUGACAACAAGAGAUAGUAAUAUAAAGAGAACUUUUUCACGGAGUGAAAACACGAAGGGUAAAUAUUCUAAUAUUAUUGAUGAUACAGUAAUUCCAUCAGCAAGAAAUGAUAUUGAAGAUCCUUCAAUGUGCGAGGAUGCACUUGAGAAAUUUACUCCUCUUAUGAAUUCCACGAUGGACAUCAAUUCUAUUUAUACGCAGAAGAUGAUGGACGCUACCGCAAUUGUAGAACCUUUAUCGCCAAUAAAAUCAAACGAAACGGUAGUAAUUAAUAAAAACUUGGCUAGUAGUAUAGGAAAAAAUAAUGAACCUAAAUUUGCAUCACGGUCGCCAAUAACUCUGCAGGAGGAGGUUCAGCAGCUGAAUCAAGCGAUUGGACUCACCGAGUUCGAAGAAUUAUUCGCAGAAGAUGAGCCAUCCCGUGAAAGGGAAAUGUCUAAUAGAAACAUGACGAAACAGGACAUUCAAAAUGAAAUGAAGAAAAAUGUGCCCGUAAGAAAGAGAAUCGAGGCCUUUGAAAAAGAAAAAAUUUCAGAAAAAGCCAUUGUUCAAAAACUGGCACGAAGAUCUGUCGAAAAAGCAAAAAAAAUCUUAUUAGCGAAGCAAAAGAAGGAGACUCAGAUGAUGACAUCGCAGCUCCAAACAGUAAGGUCCACUUCUGUUUUGCACAGUAAACCUGACGACGACACAUCGGACGAUGAAGCCAGACCAAGGCGUACAAUUCCACAUUAGGCGCAAUCGUACAUACGCGAAAAUGAACUUGCAAUGCAACGAUAAAUUCCGAAGAAAGCAGUCUAUAAAUUCUUUGAUAGAAGAAUGUGCACACCAGAUUUAACUGAAAUGUUUGAAAAUAUAGAUAGGAGUAGAUUACAACGCACGUCCAGUGCAAUAUGGAAGACACCACCGCGUUAUUCCAUGAUGGAAAACGAAUAGAAGUUAUAAUUUGUUAAACUGAAUAUUGUUGAUUUCAAAUUGUGCCUUAAAGCAGGAAUACUUGACAUACCUUGCGUGUAAUAUAAAAAUGAUGUUACAUUGCAACUAUCGUUAAAAGAUGUAUGUGUUCUUAAAAUAUACCAAUGAACGUAAGACUAUUUCACUUUUUAUAUUUUAGAAUGAUCAUAGGCAUAUAUUACUUUUAUUAUACUAAUCAAAUUUUACCAUUUUUUCUUAUUUAUAUGUAUCUUCUUAAGAAUUAAUAAAUAAACCAAUUAAUAAAUAAUUGUUUUGGUACGACUUUUUAAUGAGAAGUAAAUUUUAUUAGAUUUGCCUUAUUAUCACUGUCGUGUAAUAAUUCGCGAGAUACGCGUGAUAUAAUUCGCACGAUUAAAUAGCACUGGUGAUUUCGUCUCUUCGUGUAACGAGGAGGGUCUGGUAAAUGGGUCGACCGUGGACGUUCAAUCUUG